GAAGUUCUUGGCUACCUGUAUAUACAACUUCGAUGGACCAUUUACAACGGGCCAGUUGUUUAGUUUUCAUCAUACUAGAGUUCUAAUUGUUUUCAUUCCUUAAUCUACAUUCACAAUGAAGUUCUCUUAUGUCCUUGUCGCACUUUCAGCCCUCACAUUCUCUACUGCUUUACCAGUCGCCCGACCUGGCUCCAAUUACUUGGUCGCCCGAGGAGGAAACUCUACUUCGUCAUUAUCCGGAAAUUCCACAACCUCCUCGCUAUCAUCAACAUCUUCCGGUAGUGCAAAACCAACCACAGCAAUCAACCUGGAAGACAUAAACGAGAAUGUUGCCUCAUCGAAAGCAACAUCCAGCAGCAAAAAGGUCACAGCUGCACAAGUCAAGUCAGCUGUCUCUGGAUUCGCUAGCGAUGCCAAUACUGUGUCAGCAGCUCUGAACAAACUUCCCACUAUGACGGACAAAUCGGCUAUCUCAUCCCUAGCUGGGAAAGCAUUCGCUGCCGAAUCAGAUGAGGACUCUCAGAGAUCGGUCCUCGCUGCCGCGGCGGGUAGUGCAGGUACUUCAGCAAAUAGCAAAAUUGUCAAGAACACCCCUGCGGUUCUCAAGGGCUUGAAAGCCAUGAUGACAAACCCUUCAACUUCUUCUGUUAAAUCCAAUGUGGCUACUAUUGAAAAUGCUCGAAACCCAAACAUUCUCCCAAGCAUCACCCAACUCUCCAAUGCAGCAUUGAGCGCAAUGAGUCUCUCUCAAACGGCGCAAAAGUUCCCCGCUACCGGAAACAAUUAGGCUGGUCCUAGGUAGCUGUCCAGAUAUAUCUAUCCAACGAGCAGGUAUCGGAUUGUUUAAAGUUUAAUUCACUUCUCUUGUUAGUAUAGGGAAGUGCUAUUAUAGGAUAAUUUAAGCAUUUAUCUUGUUCUUGUGCCCGGUUUCGUUUCUUGUGUGCAUAUAUAUCCUCUUCUUUUCUUCAAUGUGUAGAUACCUCCUGUAGCAGCGUUUGUUUUCUGGGCCGGAAAGCGGGAUACCAUGGGUGUAGGAGUUUUGGGUUUGAGAAGAGAAAGGAAGGAAAAAGCGUUUCUAGCAAUGGAGAAGCAGAAUUUCUGUUGUAGGAUUGUAACUGAGAUGUACAUAUAUAUACACUGAGGAAAUAUAACAUUAUUCA